UACCGCCCCCUCUGGUGACGUCACAACCGCGGACUUCGACGUAUCGACGCCGUCCGCCUCGCUGUGACGUCACAGAGCCCGCGGCCCCGCCCUCCCGUUUUCUCCAUGGGCACCGCCCUCCGCUCCACCCAAGGGGCGGGGCGUUGCGAUGAAACGGGGGCACGAGCCUAAGCCGGCCUUCGGUGGAGCAGGUGAGGCGGGACCGGGCGUGAUGGCAGAACGCCCCCUGGUUCCACCCUGUCCCACGGGCCGGCCCGGACGGCUCCAGCGCCAUCUCCUCAGCGGCGAAUUCGACCAGCUGCGAGACUUCCCCAUCUUUGAGAGCAACUUCGUGCAGGUGACCCGGUUAGGAGAAGUUGCCAACAAGGUCACCAUGGGAGUGGCAGCCUCCAGUCCAGCCCUGGAACUCCCAGACCUGUUGCUUCUGGCGGGCCCUGCCAAGGAGAACGGACACCUGCAGCUCUUCGGGCUGUUCCCCUUGCAGUUCGUCCAGCUCUUCGUCCACGACGAAAGCCGCUGGCAGCUCAAGGUCAAGUUCCGCACCGGCCGUGCCUUCUACCUGCAGCUGCGGGCCCCGCCCGAGAGCCGCGACCGAGAGUUCGGCCAGUGGGUGCGGCUGCUCUACCGCCUGCGCUUCCACUCGGCCCAGGGAGCCGUGCCUUUCACCCAGGACUACUCGGCGCUGGAGGACGAGGACGAGGACGAGGAUCUGACGGCGGGAGAGCUUCAAGACAUGGAAGCCAGACUUGACCCACAGAUGUCUGAACUCUGGGGACUCUGACUCCUCCAACGUUCUUUGAGGUCACCAAAAGACCAGAGAUCAAAGUGUCCCCUACCUUGGGGCCGGACAGAUGAAUUAAUAUUAAAGUUACUAGAGAUCGGCCACUUAAGAACCAAGAAAACCGGGUCAUGAGCACUUUC